CAUUCAUGCCUCAUUCAUUAGUUUAUCACAUGGUCAGACAAAAAAAAAAAAAAAAGCUCCAGUUAUUUGAUUCUCAGCAUUUUGCUGACAUGCUCAGUUUGUUGAGGGAAAACAAGCUUCACUUUCAGAGAGGGCAGAGCUGGGACGCGUCUCCAGGAUCAGCUCUUAGGUUCUCACAGGAGCAUGUUUUAGCGCUGCGCUUCACUGCGAGAGCUGAGAACAUGGUCUCUCUCUGCCUGGCCCUGCUCUCCUCUCUCCCCCUGCUGUGGUUCCUGAGGGGAGGCCACGCGAUGCCCGAUCCUGCUCGCAGGGACCUGCUGAUGCGUGAGGAGAUGUCCAGGCAGACGGGAGGCCUGCUGGCGCUGACCGCCGCGGAGCAGAAGCUAGACGCUCGCCUCCGGCAGCUAAAGGAGCAGGAGAUGUCCGCUGCACGCUUCCUCCCUGCUGUUCACUUCUUUAGGGCGAAGCCUCUCAUCGAGAAGAGCUCCAUCUUCAAACUGCUGCAGAAGAUGCCUAAAGGCGCAGCCCUCCACAUUCACAGCUCGUCUCUGGUUGACGUGGAGUGGCUGGUGAAAAAUGUCACCUACAGACCUCACUGUUACGUCUGCUUCACCUGGGACAACUCGGUCCGCUUCCUGUUCUCAGACCGCCAGCCCUUUCCCCGAUGGGACUGCUUCUACUGGCAGCUGCUGGAGACGUUAAGAGCCAAAACGGGAGACUGCACAGAAUUCGAUAACGGUUUAAUCCAGCACCUAACGCUGUUUACUGAGGAUCCAGAGGGUGAAUACCCAAACCAGGAUGUGGUGUGGGAGAAGUUUGAGAAGGCCUUUGUUGCCGCCGCUGGGCUGGUCACCCAUGCUCCUGUGCUGAGGGACUACUACUACCAGGGCUUAGAGGAGCUUCACAAAGACAACAUCAUGUACCUGGAAGUGAGGAGUGGUCUGUCAAAGACGUACGAGCUUGACGGGACCGUUCACGAUAAGAGCUGGACUCUGAGCUUGUUUCAGGAAGUUACAGAGAAGUUUAGAAAGGAUCAUCCAGACUUCCUUGGUGCGCAGAUCAUAAUUUCUGUCCACAGGGCUCUGAGUGUAUCUGAGGUCAGAGCAGCUGUAAAAGAGGCCAUCCAGCUGAAACGGGACUUUCCAGACGUGGUUGCUGGAUUUGAUUUGGUUGGCAGGGAGAACGUUGGCAGGAGUCUGUGGGACUUCAGGGAGGCGCUCUCUCUGCCGGCUGAGCUGGGUGCAUCGCUGCCGUACUUCUUUCACGCCGGGGAGACGGACGACGAAGGCACGGACGUGGAUCAAAACAUUCUCGAUGCUCUGCUCUUCAACACCUCACGGAUCGGACACGGCUACGCUUUGCCUCACCACCCCCUCGCCAAGGAGCUGUCCAGGAACAGAAACAUCGCUGUAGAGCUGUGCCCCAUCUCCAACCAGGUGCUGAUGCUGAUCUCAGAUCUGAGGAACCACCCUGCAGCUGUGCUGAUGUCAGAGGGACACCCGAUGGUGGUCAGCUCCGACGACCCGUCUCUGUUCGGCACGUCGGGUCUCUCCUACGAYUUUUAUGAAGCUUUUGUCGGAAUCGGAGGACUGAAGGCGAACCUGGGUACUCUGAAAGAGCUGGCUGUCAACUCCAUCAGGUACAGCUCGCUGCCAGCUCAUCUACAGAACGCCGGGCUCCACAUGUGGCAGAACAAAUGGGACACCUUUAUCUCUGAUAAUUCAUGACAGCCAAAUCACAAGAGAUCCUGUUUGACUUGAAUAAUAUUUAUGAAAUUAUUAAAGCAAAUUCUCCAAAGGA